ACGACAGGAACAGACCAUUUGUCCUGUCGGUGACCCUCUGACUGUCAGGACUCAGGAGGUUUUGCGUGGUUAUCAUUCCGACAUGUUCUCCUAGGUUUCGCCCCGAACUAGAGGUUGCAUAGCUCAUGACGUCCGUGGUUUUCUCUGUCGUGCUUCGUGUACAUACGCACUAGUUAUAUCAGGCCGUUGCAGCCGGAAAAUACCCUCACAGUGAAAAAAAAAAAAACUUAGUUGUUGCUACCAGGAACAAGCACGGCUUUUGUCUAGAACGAUGAAACAUACUAAUUCAGAAGGUGCAUAGUAAGGUCUUUAGAAGCUUCAUUUCUUGACAGAUUCGUCAGUAGCUUUCGUCAGCCUAAUCGGCUAGCUAAGCAAUAGGCCGUGCAAUGGACGGUACAGCUCCAGCCGCCAUGGAGCUCCCUGCUGCCGUCGUUGUGACUCCUGGACGAGCAGGCGAAGCGAAACAGAGGAAAUCAGCGAAAAAGAAGACCAACUCGCCCUUAGUCGCUUCCACCAGCCAUCACAGGCCGUGGCGUGACCUCGAACAUUCGGGUCACGCUGACUGCGGAAUUCCCCCGGAAAACACUGCGGCACAUGCUGACUCACCCGGUCCCACAUCUGACUCACCCAGUCCCACAUCUGACUCACGCAGACCACCAGCUGAGGCACUGGAGCAUUCUUUUCAGGCACGGCUGAGUUAUUCAGAGCCAACGGCAGCGUCUACCCUAGUAUCACCGAACCCUUCUGGCCACCACUUACCAGCACACGCCAAUGGCGGCCUCUCAUUCACGCCGUGCACAAACUCCUAUCAGGCAACAGUAACUAACUACGGAGAGAGAAACUCGAGUCCCAGCGACAGCCUAAAGAAGACCUCUUUGCGUAGGCGCAAGGACACGGCGGCUGGAGGCAUGGCGUCUUUAACUUGCAAGGGAGAAAGCAGGACAGCACCCGCUUCUUGCGCUUCGCCUCUGUCCAGGUGCGGAGAAUCCGCCGCUGUCCUGUCCACACCCCCUGCUCCUACUUCGUCGCAGUCAGGCUGUGCAGGAGCAUCGGCCGAGACUGACGAGCGGCAAACGCUGGUCCAUCGUGACGCGUCUCAAACUCCUGAGGAGCGACGGGUACUGGCUCCUGUCACUCCCUCGCAGCUGUUGGAAGCCCCUUUGCCAGCUUCCUCUAUCCCCGUUUCAGGAUUAUCCGCUUCCUGCUUAUGUCACCGUGACCGUCAUCAACAUCAGAAGCAGCAACAGCAGCGGCAGGAAUCACUCUCGCAGCAGCUGGCAGUGCUUCAGGAACAGCACAUAGAGCACCCCUGGCGACGGUCUGUGAAGCGAAAGGUCGAGAUGCCAGAGGGGGGAGAUGAGCGGACUGAUUGCAGAGAGACGGAAGCGAGGGAUGGGAGCAGAUUGGGGAAUGGGAGUACACCCCAGGGCAAAAGUGUGAUCAGCCAUAGGGCGCCUGGACAUGGCGUGAGCGGGCAUGGCGUGAGCGAGCAUGUGGCGUGGGUGGCUGCUGAGCUGCAGUCCCUGCAGGAAAUGGUGCAGCGAGGAGGGCGGGUGGCGGAAGAAAACGCAGGAGCAGUGGCGGUCGGUGGGGGUGAAAGGGGAGGAACCGCAGGAGGAGGAUCAGGGACAAGGGCGGCAGAGUCAGGAGCAGGGAGGGGAGGAGCAAGGGUGCCUGCUAGGGAAGGGGCAGCGGGGGAAGAGGAGGAGGGAGAGGAGCAACUGGAGCUGUUGAAGCAGCUGCAGCAGCGACUGAAUGUGGUGACGAGUCAUCUGGAUCGCGUGCUCAACUCUCGUAGUCCAGUCGGCCACAACCUUGAAAGGCGCGACGGCAAGGAGGCUACUGCCUGUGUGCUUCACCAGCCUGCAGAAAGCGGGGCAGAUUACAGGGGGGAUGGAUGCAGUGACAGCAGUCGCCUGUUUGGUGGGUUAAACGGGAUGACCCGAGCAGACGGGGGCGAGAUCGGCGAUUCUAGCAGCAAAGACGUGCAUUCGUUGAGAAGCGGGCACCGGGGGAAGCAGCAUGGAGAGAAGAAGAAGGGAGGGAAGAAGCCUGGGCAAGAACGGGAACGAGAGAGUAGGAGUGUAGGGUCUUCGAUGGUGCAGGGGACUAGCAGCCACCAUGGGAGGCGUAAUGGGUUGACGGCACAGGGCAAGGAGGGUAGAAGAGCACAGGAGGUUCUUGUGAAGGAGGUCGGUGGCGCUGAAGUAACAGUCAAGGGUGACUGUGGUGAAAGUGGUUAUAGCGAGUCAAGGGAGGGAGGAAGUAGAGGCAGUGAUAGGACGGAGGAUGUUAGCAGGGAUGGUGAGAGAAGGGAGGGUGAGGGUAAGGAGGGUGAUGGUUGGGAGGGUGAUGAGGCGUGGCAGGGGAGUAUAGGUGGGAGGAAAGUCGAGGCACGGAGGAGAAAGGAUGACAGUAAGAGGGAGGGGAAGCAGAAGAAGGAGGGGAUUGGUGGGCAGGAGAAGAAGGCAGGGCAGAAGGAGGGGAAGGUGAGCAAGAAAAUUAAGGAGGGAAAACGAGGCAAAGUGAAGGGCAGUGAAGCAGCAGCAGCAGCAGCAGCUGUGGUUGCAGGGGAACCAGCAGUUGCUGCAGCUAGAGGGGAAGCAGCAGCUCUCGCAGCUAGAGAGGAAUCACCAGAAGCCAGGCUGCAAGACACACUGACAGAAGCGACUCUAGCUAGCGAAUAUACCGAGACAAUGAUAGAAUCUAAGCCUAUGAAUGAGAAAGUGGGGUUGUUUGUUAACGACGAGAAGGCACUGCACGGAGGGCAAGGAGCAGUUGAUUGGAGUCAACAGGAUGACAACCAGAACGGUCAAGUAGGUGGGCGUCAUAGAGAAGUAGAUGAGCGAGCUAGGCAAUGGGAUGCGCAAGAUGAGCUGAUAGAUGGGAAGGUAGGCGAGCAGGAUAGGCGAGGAGAUAGGCAGAUUAGUGUAGAAGAUGAGGAGUGUGAAACGGAUGUGGUUGACACUGACAGCAGGGGGGAAGAGUCUACAGCAGCGAGCAGCGGGAACCUUGGAGAGGCUACCGCAGGGAGAAGUACGAGCAGUGCAAGCGCAGGCCAUGCGAGCCCUGAAGCUGCUGAUUCUGGGAGUGAAGAUACCGUGAGGCAGGCGGGUUCGAGGCACGUGGAGAGACGAGGAGAGGCACUUUGUGACGGGGAGGAGCAGGGAGACGAGGAGGGGGCUGCGGAUCCCGGAAGCACAGAUACCAGGAGGGAGUCUGGUUCGAGGCAUGUGGAGAGCCGAGGAGAGGCACUUUGGGAAGGGGAGGAGCAGGGAGACGAGGAGGAAGGGGCUGUAGGUCGUAGCUGUGUAGGUGCUGCUGAGAGAUGGGACGCGCCAAAGGAGAUGGAGGGGCGAGAAGUUUUCCGUGAAGGGGCUGAGAGGGAAGAGGUGGGGGGGGAUGGGGAUGAGGAUGGGGAUGGGGAGAAGCAACGGGGGCAGGGUGAGGAGGAGUGUUGUGAGGGGCGAGGAAGGGUGCCUGAGGCGAGCAACGGGGAGAGUGAAUGCUGGGAAAGGCUGCCGAACGUAGGAGUAGUGGCGAGGGUCUUGGAACGUGGCGUGGCGGUUGCUGGAAGCAGAGGGGAGCUUGAGGCGUGCAGUGAGGCCGAUGGAGGGACGAGAAGAGAAGCCGAGUCAGGCGCUCUUCGAGACACGGGUGGGGAAGAGAGGGAGGUACAAGCAGAGACGGACAAGGAGGCGGAAAGAAGUGUUGGAGAAGGGUCAGAGGGAGGUGCACGAGAAGGCGAAGCAGAAGCACGUGCCAAAGAAGGAACAGGAGCAGGGGAAGGUACAUAUGGAGAGGAAGGGUCACGUGCAGAAGCAGGGACAGGAGUGGGGGCAGGAGCAGGGACAGGAGCAGGGACAGGAGCAGGGGCAGGAGCAGGGACAGGAGCAGGGACAGGAGCAGGGGCAGGAGCAGGGACAGGAGCAGGGACAGGAGCGGAUACAGCAAUGGUUGCAGAAACACAAGGAGAAGAAGAAGCAGCACUCGGAGCACCGUGCUCCCCCUCCCCCAAUCGAAGACGUCAAGCCACUGGGAGCUUCCGUGACUUCCUGGACUUCUCUCCAGCAGAUGGGGAAGGGAGGCUGGGUUCUGCUGUAGGGGAGCUCGGUCACGAGAAAGGAAGGUUGGGACUGGAUGGGAGCAGAGAGCAUAGUGAAUGUGAGCUGCCUGUAGUGCAGGAGGACUCGUUUGAUCUAGCCGUCAUGAGUGCGCCAGCAGGGGAAGGAGGCAGCAGGGAGGAGCGGGGCGGAGUCAGCUUCAAGGUGGAAGGAGGAAGCGGAUUCGGACACAACUCAGGGUUGCCUCUCGUGCCCCUUGUGCCUGCUGUGCCUGUUGCUGCUCGCCGCGUGCACUCACCUGCGUUCGCCCGCUCUGAGACCGUUCCUGCGCCCUCCUCCCGGGAUGCCUCCAAUGACAGCGGGUGUCGGAAAGCCAAGGGGAGGGAUCUCUCAAACCACUCCUCUGCGGCAGGUGACCUAUCAACUAGCAACACGUCAGCAGCAUCAGGUUCGCCUUCAGUAGCAGCCACAGAGGCGCCAGCUGCAGCAGCAGCAGCGUCAGGAGUAGGGGCAGCAGCAGGGGGGGCGAGUGGUAUACCUGUGAGGGAUCUCUCGUCCCGUCCGUGUGACUUAUCAGUGGCCCUGCUUCGCACCGUAGCCAGUGUAUACAUGAGGCACGGCUCGCACAUGCCCCUGCCGCCUACCUUCUGGGACGAGAGGGGCGUCAACAUAUCGGGCCUCCAGGGGUAUAGGCCGCGCCCCUCCGCUGCUGAUGGUGCACAGGAGAGUGGCGACGCUGGCUCUCCUGCCUCUGCUGCUGCUGCUGCUGGUGCUGCUGCUGCGAGUGGUGCGGGUGGUGAUGGUGCUAUAGAGCUGUAUUCUGGAGUUCCAAAGAAAAGCAUUGGGGAGGAGGAGGAGGUUUUCAGCCCCGAUCAAUUCCAAGGCUGCUUGGACCUUCCAGGCUCCACUGCAUUCUGGGACGCUUCUGCAGGGGGGCAGCACCAGGUGCAGGGGCUUUCUCAAGAGAAAUCCAAGGGGGGGCAGCCGGCAGGAAGUCCGAAGCUGUUUCGCCAGGCGUCAGAGCAAGGGGGUGAGAGGCGGAGCAGCUGGAGGCGAAGCCUGGGAGGACUAGGAAGCCUGGGAGGAGGGCUAGGCGUGAUGGCAGAAAUGGCUGCCGCCUUUCCUCGCCAGGGCUCCAUGAACAGUGCUCUCAGUGCUGGACGCAGCCGAAGAAUGCCGCCCGGGGCAGGCUCCGGUUUUGAUCGAUCCGUUUCAGGGUAUGUAACGUCACGGAUGGGGGGCAGUGCGAGUGUGCAGGGGGGUAAGCUUGUGAAAAGCAGCAGCAGAAGCAGCAGCAUUGGCAGCAGCAGGAGAGGGAGUGGAGGAAUAGGUGGGGGAGGUGGGGAGGACGUAGCUCGAAUCCUUGACCCAAGGUCCCUUGAACUGCUAGCGAUCUCGGUAAAGAAUGAGAAUCCGUGGGAUGUAGUUGCUGCUGCUUUCUCUGCCAGCGAAUCUACCUCCACCAGUGCCUCCUCCUCCCUCUCUCCGCGCCUCCCCCCCUCCUCCACCUCCUCAUCUUCUUCCUCCUCCUGGUCCCCUCUCGCUCUCCCCCUCCCCCUCCCUUACUCUCGCCCCUCGCACAAGUCGUCCCUAGGGCGGAAGCUGAGAGGGGAUGGUGAAGGGUCAGUGGAGGGAAGCGAGAAGGAAGCUGGGAGGACAGAAGGGAGAGAAGGAAGCAGGGGAAGAGGCCGACUGGAUGACCUAAAGGGGUCGAAUCCGCCCUCUCCGCAUGGGAAGGGGGUGGCAAGAGCCAGGUUUCCGCUGUCAAUGUCUUUGGGUUCUUAUAACGGGGAUGCUGUACGGGAGGGUGGAGGGGGGAGAGGGGAGAGAGCGGGGAGGGAGAAGGGAGGGAAUGUACUGCUGAGGCUGUUCCAGGGGGUAGGAGCGCGGGACAGAGAGGGAGGAAAUGUCUCUGGCCACGAAUCACCUGGGGAAUGGGGGAGUAAGGGGGCGGAGGGGAGAGGACAGAGGGAAGCGAGUGGAGAGGGUGGGGAUGAUUCCGGCUCAGGUGAACCAGGUGCAGGUAUAUCUGGUGCAGCCAUAUGUGUCAGCACAUCUCCUCCUAACCCAUCUACGUCGCUUCCACCGCCUCUGUCAACCCCAUCCUCUCUCCAGCGCCCAUCCGCUGUGACCCCUCUUGACACCGCAUCCCUGCUCUCUGAUUCCGACUCCCUCUCUCCCCUCGCCUCUCCCCUAGCUGCCUCCCCUCUAACUGCCUCCCCUCCUCUAGGUGCCUCCCCCUUAGGUGCAAAAUCAGGGGAUGGGGUGAAUGGUGUUAGUCUGGGCGAGAGAACAGGACAAGGGAAGCCAAUUCAGCAGCAGCAGCAGCGUGAGCAUCAGAGGAAUCAGCAGCGAAGCCCUGAGAAGGCGCUUCAGCUUCCUCCCAAGCAGUUGAGCCAACGGGGGGCGCUUAGAAGAGCAGGCAGCAGCACACAGAGCGGUGUUGUAGAGGAGAAAAGCGAGAGUGGAAACAGCGACAGUGCCAGUAGUAGUGGGAGUGGUCUUAAGGUGGAGAAUGGGAGGAUGUUGAUUCCACACACGCAAUCCGCGCUAGAGACGUCCUCUCUAGCGUUUCAGCAGCACCAAAAGCAGCAGCAGAGACAUCAGGGGCAGCAGGGGCAGCAGGCACAGCUGCAGCAGCAGAAGCAGCAGGGGCAGGGGCAAGAGCGGGGACAGAUGGUACAGGGAGGGAGGGCUCCAUUGGCGGGUGCAGCUGCAGGGCGGGGAGAAAGGAUGGGCAGUGGGCGUGGCACUGCUGCUGCUGCUGCUGGCGCUGCUGUUGGCAGUAUUGGUAGUGCAGGGAGAGGAGGAGGGGGAGGAGGAAGAGGAGGAGGAGGGGGAGUUAGGAGGAUGCAGCGCGCGCAGAGCAGCAGUGCAGCAGAGCUAAACGCUAUAAGCAGGCCCUGGAAACACACAGCAGCGCCUGACGGUGUCCCUGGCAGGUACCCCCCUCCCUUGCAUCUCCCGCCCUUGCACCCCCCCCCGGCAGUUCGGUCCUCUUCGGUCCACCCCUCUACUCCCGCCCCCAGUGGUAUGAACGGUGGUGCUGGCAUGGGUGCUUAUGGCAGGGGGUGGAGGGGCGGGGGAGGCAUGCAGCAGAGGGGUCAGGAGGAAUAUGAGCAUUGGCAGCAUGGGGUAGCACCAUUCCCAGCGCAGUACUCCUCUGCCCUCCCUCCGUCCGCCUCCAAACCCCCUCUCUCUCCCAAACCCCCUCUAUCCCCUUCCUCCCCAGUCUCUCCCCACUCUCUCUCCCCGCCUCACUCACUCUCCCCCCCGCCCUCUCGUCUCAGCAGGCCCUCUCCAGCCUCCUCUAACCCUCCUCCAGCCUUGUCUAACCCUCCUCCAGCCUUGUCUAACCCUCCUCUCCACUCAGACCUCCCGCUCCCCAGUUUCGACUCACUCCGCUCUCAGACCUUCCAUUCUGGAGCCACCCGUGCUCAAACCUCCCGCUCUGGGAUCUCCCGUUCUGGCCCACUCUGCUCCAGGCCAUCUCGAAACCCCUCCAAGCUGCAUCCCAUUAAGGUAGCUGCUGACGCCGCGCCUCUCCACAUGCCUGGUGAGUCGAUGCAGCAAUCGCCUCAGCCCGGCUCAGCCAAGCCUCUGAACCCAGCCGCAUCUAGCAAGCCUCUACCCAUGCGUCUGCUGCUCCCCAAGAGCCCCUCUGAAGGCGCGUCUUCUGGCCGCCCGCCCAAGAGCCCCGUUCCUCGCACCUCCUCCUCCUCCUCCUCCGUUUCCCCCUCCGCCGCUUCCUCGGUCUCCCCCUCGACUGCUCCUUCCGCCUUCUCUCCACUGGGUCCCAAGCGUGGGAAGGCGGGCUCAAGCCUGAAACGGGGGGAGAGUGGCGAUGGUGCCUGUACUGCCGCUGGUUGUGUUGGCGUUAAUGGUAGUGGUAGUGGUGGUAGUGGUGGUGGUAGGGGUAGCGCUGGUGGUAGUGCUGGUGGUAGUGGUGGUGGUAGGGGAAGAGGAGCAGCAGUAAGGGGAGGUGGAGGGAUAGGAGGGGCAGGAGGAGGAGCGGGAGAUAGUCAACUCCCCCACCCUCCCAUCAACACCCGUCUUUCCCCUGCCACCACGGCUGCUGCAGCUGCCACCACUGCUGCGGCCCUUGCUGCGGCUGCCGCUGCUGCCGAAGCUGCCCCCCGGCCUCGGCGGCGGGUCCUGACCUCAGGCUUGGGAGACGCCGAGGCUUGGGGAGGAGCCUUGGGGGUAGCAGGUGGAGAGGGAGAGGGGGGCACAAUGGGGGAGGAAGUGGGAGGGGGGGCGGGUGUGGGUGGUGGGAGAGGGGAGAGUGCAAAUGGUGGGAGGGGAGGGGAGGGUGCAACAGGUGCAGGGUGGGAGCUGGUUGCGGUGGAGGCUGUACCUGAGGAAGGCGCGUAUGUGCACGCUGAUGUGGCGGCUCUCAAACGACACCGGCACUACAUGGAUCAGCUGCGCCUGGUUGACCCAUCCAGCCUCGCACACACAGAGAGGCUUGUCUUCUGGAUCAACGUGUACAACGCCCUCCUGCUCUCGGCCUACAUCAGCAACGGCUGUCCUGACACUCACCUGCGCAGGAUUGCUCUGCUACAGACCGCGUCAUACAGCAUAGGAGGCCAUACAGUCACAGCAACCGACAUUGAAUUCGCCAUUCUCAGGGCUCCCGCUGCCAAGCCCUCGCCUCUGGCCAAGGCUCUGAACGCCUCCCCCUUCCCUGCCAGCGACCCCAGGCACCAGUGGGUGUUGACUGAGCCGGAGCCCCUGGUGUCCUUUGCCCUUUCUCCUGGGUCGCUGUCUGCGCCCGUGGUGCGAGCGUACCUGCCACACUCAGUGCACCUGCAGCUGCAGCACGCCAGGGACCUGUACCUCGCCAGCUGCAUCGGCAUGAGCGCGGACAACCGCGUUUGCCUGCCUCGCCUGUUGAAGUGGCAUGCUUCUGACUUUGCAGAAUCUGAUGCUGGGCUCUUGGAGUGGGCGCUCAACCAGCUUCCCUUACCUGCCCGGAUCACCAUGGCAAGGAAGCUUGCCAUGCGGAGAAACCCCACACUCGCCUCCUGUGUUGACGUGUCAUCGUAUGAUUGGACGUUUGGGUACAUCUUCGAUAAGGUGUCGCUCAAUUUCGAUCGCAGGCCAUCGUCUGCAGGAACACACUCCUAGCCUUGAUGGAGGCUCUGGGAGCAACCAUCGGCUGGGAUUGCUUAGGGCGUGUCCCAAUCGUACGUCCCCUCCCCAGUACAUUCUUUACAGGUCUAUCUGGUUCCUCAAGGUUCGAAGCGGCAAAUCACGAAAACCGGUUCUCAGCGUGUCGCACCGUACUCCACUGCAUACAGAUUUUGUGGGACGUACUAUUGGGACACGCCCUUAUGAGUUUGUCAAAGGAAGCUCUGAAAGGAAUAUUUUCUCCGUCUCGAUUGGUAUUCUGCAUGUGUGUUUUUAGCCCUGAUCUAUGUAGAAAGCGUCUUGUGAACUGCAAG